CGAAAUCUACCCCCUGCGCCUAGCACGCAAGGCUCAUCUUCCACAGAAUUGCUAGGCGCAAAGUUUAAUCCUGGAUCAGUUUGCAGAAGGUUAUAUGGAGGUGUCUUGUUUGCAUCCAGAGCAAUUCCAAAGGAGUUAGGAAGGGGCUGAGUGGGACCUGCUGCCCUGCCUUUGCUGGAAAAAGGAGUCCUGAGUUCCGAGCCCAGAUAAGUUGUCAAGACAUCCCCUUAUCAACAUUUAUGUUUGCGGUACGAGUGGGGCCGGGGAGGUAAUGGGCCCUUCUGGCCCUUCCUCCCAGAGUGGCAUUAACUCCCUCCCUUAACUGGUAAAAUUCCCAGUAGAACAUUUGGCAAAAGGGCUGGGCAGGGAGCUGCCAACCAGGCCUGGCCCUGUUUCCUGGGUUCCCAGGGUGCUGGCUUCUCCCCUACACUGAUUUCCUCUCUCACCUUAGGGCCCCAAAUGAACACACCAUCCCUCCUGUCCCAUCUUCCUGAGACGGGUUGGGACUUGCAGGGCAAUCUAACAAGCAGAGGAGGAAAAUAACAACAGAAUAACUGUAAGAAGGAAGGAAUGAGUAAUAAAGCUGACCCAGGCAGGAGGAGGGCUUUCAUGUUUAAGAGAUGCUAUUUGCUUUUUAGGUCACAGGCUGCAAAAACAGGCUUUGAUCCGAAGUGGGCGAAUAAUUUAUUGAAAAAGUUUGCAUGGUAGGAGAAAAAAGGGAUGUUUGUUUGAUCUGGAGCCCUCUCAGUUGUCCCAAGUGCUGUUGGCUGUUGUUUUGAGUGGAAAAGCAUUUGGUUCUGCAGCAAAUGCCUCACAGAGGGAAGUCCUCGCCCCAGGCAGCAGGACUUAAGAGUGAAUGUUGGUUUUGAAACUGUUUGGCCAAGGGUCUCCCCAGCACUUUUGAAGAUGAAGUGUUUAAGGAUAGAAUUAUUUGGGCUCAGAAUGCAGCAAAUGUUUCCAGAAUGUUUUCCCAUCCAAAACGCUUUUCCUUUCCCUAAAUUGCCUGGCUAAACAGCCAAUAACAGUGAUCCAAGAGGCUGUCAAAAAUCUCCACUUAGCUUUCAUUGACAAGUGAGGUAGGAAUGCUGGUCCCAGGCUCCAGGUGCACCACAGAGACUUGAAAUGAGGCCUUUGGUACUGACUCCCACAUUCAUUUAGUUGGGGACAAGAUAUUCUGGUUAUAACUGAUGUUCCUAUUAGUAAGGAGGUAGUUGUCUUAUGCUCAUGACCUAGGUAAGAGGCUUCUAGUCCGAAUUUUUCAUAGCAUACUCUUUGGGACUUCACAGUUCUCUUUUUAGGUUCUUUAAUGGGGAAGACAGGUCAGAGUUGAGGGACAGGAUACUCUUGGCUUGCCCGGUCCUCCGCAAACAACCCUUACCAUGUGACUCAAAAGCUUACUAUUGCAGGUCUUAGCUCAAAGCUCCUCUGCAGCCUUCCUCAGGAAUACCCCCACCCACACCCAGGAAAUUGUAGGCCAAUACAGCUUAGCCCAUUGAGGGCAGGGUACUCCUCUAGAAUCAGACAAUUUAGGUUUGAAUCCAGGCUGUACAGUUACCAGCUGUGAUAAUGGUUCUGUGUCUCAGUUUCUUCAUCUGCAAGUGAAAUUAAUAAUAGUACCUACCUCAUGGUGGGUGUGCACAAUAAGUGAUGUAUUGCAUGAGAGAGACUUAAGCCCAAAGCCAGGCAUGUGGUAAGUAUUUGAUUAUUAUUGUUAGCCAUUCUUAACUGUUUGUAUUAAUAAUGUUGGGAGGGCCCCAAUGCAGCUUUGACCUUUGAUCUCUUACCUUUAGGCUAGGCCAAAGAGCCAGCUUCCUUCUCUGAAGAAAGGAUCAGAAGGAUCCUGCAGAUGCCAGCGGGCAGCCAGAUGUGGGAGUGAGUGGACUGAGCUUUGCCCUAUCUGAGGUGAAGAGUAGGGUGAGAAGAUGGAAGAGAAGAGACGGAAAUACUCCAUCAGCAGUGACAACUCUGAUACCACUGACAGUCACGCUACGUCUACAUCGGCAUCACGAUGCUCCAAACUGCCCAGCAGCACCAAGUCAGGCUGGCCCCGGCAGAACGAAAAGAAGCCAUCCGAGGUUUUCCGGACAGACUUGAUCACUGCCAUGAAGAUCCCCGACUCAUACCAGCUCAGCCCAGAUGACUACUACAUCCUGGCAGACCCAUGGCGACAGGAAUGGGAGAAAGGUGUACAGGUGCCUGCCGGGGCAGAGGCCAUUCCAGAGCCCGUGGUGAGGAUCCUCCCGCCGUUGGAAGGUCCCCCUACCCAGAUGUCCCUGAGCAACUCUGCACUUGGCGAGGGCUCCCAGCCUGAUUGGCCAGGGGGUAGCCGCUAUGACCUGGAUGAGAUUGAUGCCAACUGGCUGGAGCUCAUCAACUCAGAGCUCAAGGAGAUGGAGAGGCCAGAGCUGGAUGAGCUGACGUUAGAGCGUGUGCUGGAGGAACUGGAGACUCUAUGCCAUCAGAACAUGGCCCGGGCCAUCGAGACGCAGGAGGGGCUGGGCAUCGAGUAUGAUGAGGAUGUUGUCUGUGAUGUGUGCCGCUCUCCUGAGGGCGAGGAUGGCAACGAGAUGGUCUUCUGUGACAAGUGCAACGUCUGUGUGCACCAGGCAUGCUACGGGAUCCUCAAGGUACCCACGGGCAGUUGGCUGUGCCGGACGUGUGCCCUGGGUGUCCAGCCAAAGUGCCUGCUCUGCCCCAAGCGAGGAGGAGCCUUGAAGCCCACCAGAAGUGGGACCAAGUGGGUGCACGUCAGCUGCGCCCUGUGGAUUCCUGAGGUCAGCAUUGGCUGCCCAGAGAAGAUGGAGCCCAUCACCAAGAUCUCACACAUCCCAGCCAGCCGCUGGGCUCUCUCCUGCAGCCUGUGCAAGGAGUGCACGGGCACCUGCAUCCAGUGUUCCAUGCCUUCCUGCGUCACAGCGUUUCAUGUCACAUGCGCCUUUGACCACGGCCUGGAAAUGCGGACUAUAUUAGCAGACAAUGAUGAAGUCAAAUUCAAGUCCUUCUGCCAGGAGCACAGUGAUGGGGGCCCACGGGGUGACCCCACAUCUGAGCCUGUGGAGUCCAGCCAGGCUGGUGAGGACCUAGAAAAGGUGACCCUCCGCAAGCAGCGGCUACAGCAGCUAGAGGAAGACUUCUACGAGCUGGUGGAGCCAGCCGAGGUGGCCGAGCGUCUGGACUUGGCUGAAGCACUGGUUGAUUUCGUCUACCAAUACUGGAAGCUGAAGAGGAAAGCCAAUGCCAACCAGCCACUGCUGACCCCCAAGACCGACGAGGUGGACAACCUGGCCCAGCAGGAGCAAGACGUCCUCUACCGCCGCCUAAAGCUCUUCACACACCUGCGGCAGGACUUGGAAAGGGUUAGAAAUCUGUGCUACAUGGUGACGAGGCGUGAGAGAACGAAACAUGCCAUCUGCAAAAUCCAGGAGCAGAUAUUCCAACUGCAGAUGAAACUUAUCGAACAGGAUCUGUGUCGAGAGAGAUCUGGGAGGAGAGCAAAGGGCAAGAAGAGUGACUCGAAGAGGAAAGGCCGCGAGGGCUCCAAGGGCAGCCCUGAGAAGAAAGAGAAAAUGAAGGCGGGGCCUGACUCAGUCCUGGGGCAGCUAGGCCUGUCCACUUCAUUCCCCAUCGAUGGGACCUUCUUCAACAGCUGGCUGGCACAGUCAGUGCAGAUCACAGCAGAGAACAUGGCCAUGAGCGAGUGGUCACUGAACAACGGGCACCGUGAGGACCCUGCUCCCGGGCUGCUGUCAGAGGAGCUGUUGCAGGACGAGGAGACACUCCUCAGCUUUAUGCGGGACCCCUCACUGAGACCUGGCGACCCUGCUAGGAAGGCCCGUGGUCGUACCCGCUUGCCUACCAAGAAGAAGCCACCACCACCAUCACAGGACGGACCUGGUUCACGGACGACUCCAGACAGACUGAUUCCAGACAAAUCCCCCAAGAAGCCCUGGGGUCAGGAUACAGGCAGCGGCAAGGGGGGCCAAGGGCCACCUACCCGGAAACCACCACGGCGGACAUCUUCUCAUUUGCUGUCCAGCCCUACAGCUGGGGACUGUCCCAUCCUAGCAGCCCCAGAAAGCCCCCCACUGUUGGCCCCAGAGAACCAGAAUGAGGUAACCCCAAUGGCUGCCGACUCAAACGUCCAAGUGCCUGGCCCUACAGCAAGCCCCAAGCCCUUGGGCCGGCUCCGGCCACCUCGAGAAAGCAAGGUAACCCGGAGAUCGCUGGGUGCCAGGCCUGAAGCUGGGGCAGGACUACCUUCCGCUGCGGCCGAGAGGGCAAAGGUCAGCUUACAUUUUGACACAGAGACUGAUGGCUACUUCUCUGAUGGGGAGAUGAGCGACUCAGAUGCAGAGGCUGAGGACAGUGGGGUGCAGCGGGGUCCCCGGGAGGCAGGGACUGAGGAAGUGGUCCGCAUGGGGGUACUGGCCUCCUAACUCACCCCAUCCUUGUCCUGAGCCCUGCCCUGGUCCCUCCACAUGGCCUCAGCCCAGUCACAACUGCCAUUUCCAAUCUCUGCUGAGUGUCCCAGACCCUCGAGGCUGCCACUCUAUUGUGGUUUUAUUUUUAAUAUAGAGAGAGUUUUGAAUUCAACACUGUCGUUUUUCCUCUAUGCUGGCCUAGGACAUUAUGAUUCCUUCCACGGCUCUGGCCGUAAGGACCCUACCAGGUCCUGUGUACCAUCCCUGCCCCUGCCCACGUGGCAUUCCUGGGCUCCUGGCUAGACAUAGGCAAGGGCAAGAAGAGCUCAGGACUCUAGCCCGCUGCCACCGGGUGAUAUAGAUUGUCGUUUGGGCAUUAUUUCAUGGCAGAUGGGCCAGUCCAGGGCCCACCCCGCCUUGCCCCCACAUCCCACUGGGAUCCAUUUGGGGGGUCCUGCUGCAUUCCACCGAUCCCCAAGGAAGUAGUCCAGAGUCUACUCACUGUCAUAAGCACAACGAGCUUAUAUGAGAAAGCACUGAGGGGCGCAGGCGGCCUGCUGGUUCCAGUGGAACCAAAGCUGUUCCUGAUCAACCCCCAUCACCUGAGGCCUGCCCGCCCACCUCUCCACUCUCUCCUCCUGCCCCUGCCAGCGCCCAGCCCAGCGGCUCUGGGAAGGGUUUCCCAGAAUUCUUCCUGAGCUGUGUCAUUUACUCAGGGGACUCCCAAACAGCCAGCUACCAGUACAGGUGGAGGACUGCAAGGGAGGGCCAGUGCCCAGACAGGGUUGUGGGGCUUAGACCAGCCCACUGCAGAGAAUCACUCUGGGGCUCCAACUUCCUUCCUUUCUUCCUUUGGGGCCAGUCUUGGCCAAAGUCUGGUCACUCCCAGACCGAGCUGACUAGACCAGACCAUUUGCCUUUUCUAGUUUCCUAGUCCUGCUAAGAGAUGAGCUUCUUCCUUGGUUUCCUUUUGGAAAUGCCUCCUUCCAACAAGCAGUGGGAUCCCGGGGCCCACAGCAGGCCAGUGGUGGCCUGCUGGGCUGUUGUAAGUCUUGCUGGAUGUCCCUUUGUUCCUCUGAGCCUUAACCCCUUUCCCAGCCCUGCCCUCCCUGCCCCCCACAGUCCUGCCUUCCCUACCCCACCCAUAGAUCCCAGGUAGUUGCUUUGAAGAGUUUCAGUGGAGUGGCCCCAGGGUGAUAGCUCAGGGAACAAACAAAAAAGGAAUUCAGUAAAAACAUUUUUUUCUCCUGGGUCACUUCUGCCACUGGUAAGGCCAGAACUUCUCCAACAAGAACCUUGCAAAAGUCCAGUGAAUCAGUCAAAUCAUUCUGUGGAUGCCAAAGAAUAUUUUGAUCCUAAUACAGCACAGUCUGGACCUGACAAUUUGUCACUUGGACUUUUUAAACAAUGGAGUUGUUUAACAACAAAGUAUAGAAACAUGUUCACUGCACACACCCAAGGAGAAGAGCCCAAGCUCUUGGAAGAGGAUGCUUUUCUGCUGCUGAACUGUACCUGGGUGUUGGAUUUCAGAUCCUGGGCUAGGCCCACUGUGAGUUUUCCUAAACUCUGAGACUCACAGAGGGGAAAAAAUGCUGACAGUGAAACCAGCGUGGAAAAAGUCUUUACCAUGUGGUUCCCUAGUGCCCCCCACCCCGUCUCACCCCACCUCCACCUUACACAAAGCAAAUAAGCAGGAUGGAGAACAGCUUGACCUUCAUCCACCCCGACUCCAAACCUAUCAAGGUACGACAGUGGCAUUCUUAUCAACACUCAGUUUCAUGUGAAUUUUAGCAAAAUAGGAGACAAAGGUAAUGACUACGUUUAGAAGAUCAGACAAAUUUGUCUAAUCUGAGUGGACUCAGAAGGGGUAGGGUGGGCUUUAAGGAGUCUGGGCAUUGGGAUGGCACAUACCACUGUGUAGAGUUUUAGUCUGCCUGCCCGCCUUGGUAGUAGUGACCAGUGCAGCGUCAGUAUCAGCGUCCCAACCCCAGUCUCUGUUUACUGCCUUUGAACAGACCUCCUUCCUUACCCAUUCUUUGGGUCAAUUCAGGCCACAACCUUGUCUGUGCUGGAGUGCCCAGUCUGACCCUGCAGGAAGCAAAAGGGUGAGCUUAAAGAACAACCAAACUCUGCCAGGGGGCAGGUUGCCAGGAGGGCUUAGGAUCCAGCAGGGUCAGCACCGGCCCUCUUAUACCCCUUCACACCAUCUGGGGGCAGGCUCUCUGGUGACGGGGGCAGGUGGAGAAUUAGGGAGAGGGUACAGUGAGUCUGUCCUCUUUCCAGGGGGCAGCCUAGCUCUGCAACCAGGGCUAGUCCCCGCCUGGGCAGGCAGAUGAUAUAGCUGGCGUUCUUCAGAGAUUCUCUGCUCAAGUUUGCCUUUUGAUUCUGGCCCCUCUUCUCUGUUGGGUAUUUCUUUGGAAUAGACUACCUGUAGGACCUGUGUCCUGCAGAGUCCAAGUAUCUGUUAGGCUGACUGGCUGGAGGCACCUUCACUUCCAGGCCAGGCUCUGGAGCAGUCUUCACCAAGUAGCUGUUUCCACCUCUAGGAUGUCUACCCAGCUGCAAGGAGGACAAGGAUGCCCUUCUGGCCCCACACCGGUCCCCUGUUAGCCACAGCCACUUCACUCUUUCCAGCCUACUGUCCACAGUGUAGAGGGCUUUGUUGCCCCUGAGACCAAGGCUGGUUCCUUUUCCAGGCCAGAGGCCAAGGCAGGUCUUUUCCCUUGACCACAUCUGCCCACACUCAACUGUUCCUCCUCAGGGAGGAAGAGCUGCUCCGUAACUCAUUCUGGCUGUCGUCCCCCAUUCGCACCAUCCUGGCUGCCUGCAGCCAUCCACCUCAUCACAUGACAAAGGAUAAUGUGCAAGGAAAGUAUUUUUAUGUAUCAUAAAUGUAUUUUGAAACAAAUGAGAAGAAAGGUAGAGGGUUUAUUUUAUUAGAUGAGCUCAGCCUUGGUGACAGUGUGUGACCGCCCAGGUUUCCAAACGUGGGUGUUGUACUAUUGAGGGGUGUGCCAGGGCAUGUUGCCUGUGUCCACGUGAGUUCAUGUCUGUGUGUGUUGUAUAAGGGCACACUGUGGGACGUGGCUGGGGCAAUUCCUGGAGAUUCAGCUGCCCAAUUCUAACAAACAUUGGCAGCAGCAUUUCCCUGCUCACUGCCACAUGUGGCCAACUUGCCCAUGCCCGAAACUCUGAAGAAUGAUCUGGAUCCCUAUAGCAAGGCCCUUGGCCCAGCUGGCCACAUUGGCCAAAAAGCCAGGGCUGGAGUCUGGGACCUUUGGUUGUUCUUUAAGGCAUUUCCUGCCACCUUUUCCCUCAGAUGCACAAAUACUUUGUGCUCCAUAUCAGUUUGGUGGGGUGGUGGUGGGGAUGAUAUGAAUGUCACAGGAGGAGACACCUUCUGUCUUUGUUUCAAAGAAAGUGAUGUGCCAUUUGUUAAUAUACAAGAGAAAUAUUGAAAAUAUAUUGAAAAGAGCAAUUUUAAAUUAUUUUUGGCUUAUGUUGCAAUAUUUAUUUUCUUGUAUUAGAAAAGAUUCCUUUGUAGAGAAAAAAUGUAUUUUUCAUUAACGCAAAGACCUAUUUCUCCUUUUUGUACAUUGUCCAUGUUCGCAACCCUUAACGAGCAAUAGAAUGUAUGGUCACUUGAGUGUGGCCAGUGCCUGCUGUGCCCUGCAUGAUUCUGUGUUGCUGCUGCUGCAUAGCUCCCAGCCCCAUCCUGUCCUGCUCACUCAUAGGGGCUUCCAGACCCUGGCCCUACCAGGGCUUGUGUCUUAAGGAGCCCUUUGCACUCCUCGUGUGUUGGCAGAUGCAGUUAAUAAAGCAAUGUUUUCUGUGC